GAUGGAAAAGAAGAGAUAAAAUUUAUUCGUGGAACGCGUUUUCUAUAAGGAACAAUUCUCUCGUCCUAACAACGACUUGGCCUUUCCUUAUUAUUAGUAUCGUUCGUGGCAGCGCGCGCUCCCUCCAAUAACGUUUACCUGUCUGUCGCCAUUUUUAAACUACCUGUAGACAUUUCGCGUUCGCGCGCCAUCCUUCACCCGCGAUUUGUUUCUUUAUUUUGAAUUUGCCGCGCAAUCAAACGUAAUUGCGAAGCAUCGACGAAUGAAAAAAAUUCUAUGUGCAAAACGUAUCAACCGUUGGAGGGGAAGGUGAGAAAGAUCCCGAUGGAUUUCGUGAAAGAAAAAGACGCUAAACUAUCGACGAAAUUCAUGGAGCAAGGAGAAACAAAGAUUCACCUGGCUGUGUGCAGCGGCAUUCUCGCUACCUGCGGUAGCUUGUUUGGCAAGCUAGCCGGUGGCGCUGAGUUCGUCUUCUUGAUACCGAUGGUGCUAAAAGUAAGCCUCCUCGUGCUCAUGGUCGUGACUAACACAAUAGGCUGCACAUUCUUCGUAAAAGCUCUGAACGGAAGUGAAUCUUCUUUACCUGCUACGGUUGCCAGUACAGCAAUGAAUUAUGUUUGUUCGGCGUUCCUCGGUUUUGUAAUAUUCGGCGAGUCGACCUCCUUAACUUGGUGGUGUGGUGCAUCCUUGGUAAUCCUCGGCUUGAUUCUCAUCUGUUAUGCACCAAACAAAGAAGACUCUACGAGCCAGCAGCGGAAGCUCAAACAGCAAUAAUUUACAGAAAGCAUUUUUGCAGUCGACUUUGUAAGAGGAACGAGUGACUCAGAUCGUUACUCAGGUAAACCAAAGUCGUUUCACGUUUAAUGUCUUUUUUUAUUCUUUACUUAAUUAUAGAUGAGCAAACGUAUGAGCAAGGGUGUUCUGUUUGAUUUAAUAAUGUAAAUUGUAUCAAGUUAUACAGAGAUAAUAUAAAAGAUAAUUUUAUCGAGGA